CAGAGACCCUGUGAAAUGCCAGAUAUCAUUAGGCGAGAAAACCAGGAACAACAAAGACUCAUUUCUACCAGCCUUUCAGUUUGUGGGGUCAGGUAUUUUCUGGUACUAAUUAUUCACAAAGGAAUUCCUCAGGCAUCACUGUUACUUUGCUUUGGGCAGCUGCACCCAAAUUAACUCAAGAAGAGAUAGAAACAUAAAGUGAACUCAAGCUCAGGAAAAUACUGGUAAUUUAAUUGUCUCCUAAGAACUUGACCCGUUCCAUGGAAAAAAUAAACAACGUAACUGAAUUCAUUUUCUGGGGUCUUUCUCAGAGCCCAGAGAUUGAGAAAGUUUGUUUCGUGGUGUUUUCUGUCUUCUACAUAAUCAUUCUUCUGGGAAAUCUCCUCAUCAUGCUGACAGUUUGCCUGAACAAUCUGUUUAAGUCACCCAUGUAUUUCUUUCUCAGCUUCUUGUCUUUGGUGGACAUUUGUUACUCUUCAGUCACAGCUCCCAAGAUGAUUGUUGACCUGUUAGCAAAGGACAAAACCAUCUCCUAUGUGGGGUGCAUGUUGCAGCUCUUUGGAGUACAUUUCUUUGGUUGCACUGAGAUCUUCAUCCUCACUGUGAUGGCCUAUGAUCGCUAUGUGGCUAUCUGUAAACCCCUACAUUAUACGACCAUCAUGGACCAGGAGAGAUGCAAUAAGAUGUUAUUAGGGACAUGGGUAGGUGGGUUCUUACACUCCAUUAUCCAAGUGGCUCUGGUAGUCCAGCUACCCUUUUGUGGACCCAAUGAGAUAGAUCACUACUUUUGUGAUGUUCACCCCGUGUUGAAACUUGCCUGCACAGACACGUACAUUGUUGGUGUUGUUGUGACAGUCAACAGUGGUACCAUUGCUCUGGGGAGUUUUGUUAUCUUGCUAAUCUCCUACAGCAUCAUCCUGGUUUCCCUGAGAAAGCAGUCAGCAGAAGGCAGGCGCAAAGCCCUCUCCACCUGUGGCUCCCACAUUGCCGUGGUCAUUAUCUUUUUCGGCCCCUGUACGUUUAUGUACAUGCGCCCUGAUACUACCUUUUCAGAGGAUAAGAUGGUGGCUGUAUUUUACACCAUUAUCACUCCCAUGUUAAAUCCUCUGAUUUAUACGCUGAGAAAUGCAGAGGUAAAGAAUGCGAUGAAGAAACUUUGGGGCAGAAAUGUUUUCUUGGAGGCUAAAGGGAAAAAGGUGGACUUAAUAAUUUAAGCUAGAUGAUCUUAAGAUUUCUCAGCGUUGCUUAACUCAUCUGUGCAAUGAAGGCAAUAAUAACAACCUCAUGGGAUUUGGAGUGGAAAAAUGAGAGAAUAACACAUUCAAAAGAGUAAGGUAUUAUUUGUCAUUAUUAUCGCAUUUUUCUAAUAUUUCAUAAUUAGAUAACUUCCUGAAAUAUCUAUGACAAAGAAACAUUGUUAAACAUAGAAUCACAAACAUGCAGAAGAGCAAUUCCUCCUGGCUUUCCAUUGGGGACCGGCUUCGAUUACCCUAUCUUGCCAUUCACUGGUCUUGCCAUCAUAUCCCUGAAAGCAGAAACUCACCCUAUGUUUAAAGUGGAGAAAAUAAAUUUUAAAAAAUUUAGCCUUUCCAAAUGUGUGAGCAGUGUUUGCAUAUUUAUGGGCUUCAUUUUUGAGGUGUCAGGCACUAUAGUAUGACUCAUAUAUUUCCUCCUAAAAAAAAAAAAUCCUCUACCCUGCUGCUGAGGCUAUGUAUAGAGCAGUGGGGAAUUGAUAAGGUUGUAAUGUGUGCUGGCUGCUGACAUCCUGGGAGCAGCGAGAGGAAAAGGCCCCAUAGUUCGCAGCGUAGACUUCACUUAUCCUUGCACAUGCACGUUUCAUCACUGUCCCCCACAUUAAUUCCAGGAAUUAUUUAGCUCAGUCUUUCAAAAGAAUAAACUCCAAUCUUUUGUGAAAUAAUAUAGAGGAAUUCUUACCUGGCUGUGUAGAAAAUGGCCCGUGGAAAUAAAAUAAUUUUCAUGUAAUACAAUGUAUGUUUCACUCCUACAUUCUGUAGAAUCAUAUGCUACAAGCAUUUAGCAUCUCAGGAGUUUUGCAGGUGAACUAACUUGCUAGUUUUCUCCGUCCUUGCUCAGAUUGGCUGUAACUUCCCCCACAACACUGAGUCAACUACCUGGUAACACUGUUCUCUAUUUUUCAAAAAAAUGUGUGAAAAUCUUUCACCGGCCGGUAUUUCCUGCCUGCUUUUUUGUCAUUGUGG